AUGCAGUCGGCCCAGAUAUGGUCAAUAUCAAUCGGAGGCCUAUGCCAUCAUGCAUGGGAAAUGCCCAUUGACGUCUUCGAAAAGCACAUGCUGAGCUCUUACAUCGCCGCUCCAGCCUUCAUCAUCUGCAACGGUCUCACAAAAAGCUCGCUCCUGACUUUCUACCUCCAAGUAUCACCGCAGAGAUGGUUCAGAAGAGCGAUUUUUGCGACCAUCGCCUUUGUUGUUCUAUACACCAUCAUCAUUGCCAGUCUACUGCUCUUCGGAUGCCAACCGAGAGAGACAGCAUGGGACCCUUACUUGUUCGCUAGCGGAAAGUGCAUUGACUAUGCUGUGAUGUACAUCAUCAUCGCCGUUGCCAAUAUCAUCUCAGAUAUAGUUCUCUUCGCCAUUCCUAUGCCGAUGAUUGUCCGGUUGAAGAUGCCGCUGGGACAGAAGAUCGGCUUGGGUAUCAUGCUCGGUAUUGCUACCAUAACUGUCACGACAUCCAUCAUUCGCAUGAUUUAUCUACCCUCCCUCUUGGGAGCAUUAGACAUUCCAUGGAUCGCAGCCCCAGCAAACGUCUGGUCCUUCGUGGAAGUCAACCUCUUCAUAAUUUGCGGCUGUAUGCCGACAUUUCGCAAAUUCUUCAAACGCUUUGCACCGAAAUGGAUGGGCUCGUCAAGCGACUCAGGAAGUUCAGAGCCACCUUCAAAUGAUUCGCUACAUAAAGUACAGAGGAAGAAGCAUACAGGGUACACUCAGUUCGAUACAUGCGGUUCUUUGGAGCUCGCGACAUACCCCGACACCAUGUCGACUUCCUCGGAGACUGCGUAUGCUAUGGAGUCGUUGCAGGAACAGCAGUGCGGGUCUGAUAGUCCGCCUGAUACUGAACGCCAGGAAAAUGGUUCUCAGUCACCGACGGAUUCACUCCCGCCUACAGACCGUGGAAAAGAUGCGUAUCUGGCUUUGAUGUGCUGCUACUCCGUCUCAUUCGGCAUCUUCCAAGAAUACUACAGCCGUCCAGGAAGUCCCAUCAGCACAGCAUCAUCCGGAACAAUCGCCACCAUCGGAGCACUGCAACAGGGUGUUAUGUAUCUCAUGAUGCCGUUUGCCUUCCUCAUCCUCACGCGGUAUCCGCGCCUGCGACACCUUUGCGGGCCGCUUGGUCUUGCAGUGACGGUCGCUAGUCUCACUGCGUCUGCAUUUGUGAACACUAUCGCGGGGCUUAUCGCUACACAGGGGGCACUGUACUCUAUUGGCUGUGGAUUGUUGUUUUGUCCGAUUUCGCAUUAUAUGAAUGAGUGGUUUGUUGAGAGGAAGGGGAUGGCGUUGGGGGUUAUGUGGGCUGGCAAAUCAGGGACAGGUAUUGCGAUGCCGUUUGUCUUUGAUGCUCUGCUACGCCGGAUCGGUCUCAAGGCGACUCUCUUGGCCUGGGCGGGUGCAUCAGCUGCCAUGACACUCCCAACUCUCGUUUUCAUCAAACCACGGACCCCGCUGCACAAUCAGGUCCAGGUUCAACCGUUAUCGUUCCGCUUCCUCCGCCAUACAUCUUUUUGGAUGAUGCAAGCUGGUGUAAUCAUUCAAUCACUGGGUUAUCUCAUGCCGAGCACAUACCUAGCCAGCUACGCAUCAACGAUCGGUCUACCCAGCAUCACCGGACCCAUCUUGCUUGCUUUGUUCUCUGUCGCAUCCGUCCCCGGAGGUAUCGUGCACGGCAUGCUCGGAGACAAAUUCUCAGCAACAAAAGCCGUAACUAUCGCAUCAAUUGGAAGUGCGCUGCCAAUCUGGCUUCUGUGGGGUUUGUCUCUCGACCUCGCAAACUUGGUAGUGUUUGUCAUUGUCUACGGCUUCUUCGCCGGCGGUUUCAGCUCAACAUGGUCUAACAUGUCAACCGACAUCCAAAAAGACGACUCCGCCGCUGAUUCAGCUCUCAUUUUCGGCAUGCUCAUGGGCGGACGAGGUAUCGGCUUUGUCACCGCCGGGCCACUCAGCGGCGCCUUGCUACAGGCAAAAGCACAUCUGUCCAACGAAGCACUCGGUUACGCGACGCAAUAUGGACCCAUGAUUAUAUGUACUGGUGUCACUGCUGUGUUUGGUGCUUGGGCGCCUAUGUGGAAGGGCAUUCGAACUGCUCUAGGAACAUGCACAGGUCGCUGA